AUGCUUCGGUCUGCUUUAUAUGAAAUAGCUCAUGAUUACAUUAUUUAAGGAGAAGAUAGUUUGUAAAAUCAAGAAACUGAAAACUAUUAACCCAAUCGAAUUCCUCUAUCAACUAAAUAAGAAAAUGUUGUAGAUCCAUUCUAAAACUUCUCUAAUCUUCUUCAGGCAUAAAAAUAAAAGAAAUAAAUAAGAAGAGCCUUGAUUUCUAUUGAUACUAACUUCAACACACUCUCUGGCUCUCCUGAAAAAAAUUAAAAUGUUGCUAACUGUAGCUCAAAACAUUAAUCAACUUAUUCAUCCCCAAAAAACUUUGUAUUUUAUGAUAGAUAAAUUCGUUGGUUGAAUUAAGUAAAAUAAACCAUCAAAGUUAAAGAAGUUAUAUAAUAAUAGAGAUAAAGUGUUGAAUGUCCAUUUAAACCAAAGAAAUGUCCAACUUCCUUACCUUAAACCACAAAAAAUCAAAAUAAUAAACCUACUAAAAUGAGGAAAGACUCAUAUUCAACAAUUCAUUUAUUAAAACAGAAGUUCUACUGA